AUGGAACAACAAGAGGCUUAUCCUUCAGCAAACGGAUUGGAGAAUUUAGCUACGAUUGGUACAGGUGAAUCGCGUCCCUGUGCAUUGAGUAGAGGUGCGGAAUGUUGGGCAGGCGGAGAAGCGGAGGAACGAAGCCAUGCUCUGGUACUUUGCAACGGUGCAGUAGUGAGCACGGUGGCACGGGAUACGACGGGAGAUUUUGAUAAUGAACCGGAAGUGGAGGGGUUUGUCGGUGAAGCAAGCGGCCGGGCUAAUCAUGAAGAUCAACACAUACUGGGUCAGGAAAAGGUGAGCGCGUUGGCAGAGAUAGAAGGUGAAGAAGAAGGUGCGGGUAAGGACAAUGAGAUUGAACGGGUUACAGAGGGUACUGGAUCCGAGACAGAAAUUGAAAGCGCAAAACCAGAUGCUGACCUGAGGAAUACGCAGGAAGGACAGUUAGUGGAGAAUAAGGAAACGUGGAAGUUAGGAGUGGAGUCAGGUGCGAUUUUUUAUGACGAUGAAGAAGAUAUUAUGGCGAUUCUACAAAGUCAAAAUGAAGCUAUGGCAGCAAAAAGAAAGAUGGCAAAACAAAAGGAGAAAGCUAGGAGGAGCAGGCCCAAACAACAUAACAAGAGGCCUAGGAAGGUACGGAAAGUUGAGUAUGGUGAAAGAGUUGAAGAAAAAGUUCCGUUUUGUUUCAUGGGAGACUUUAACGAGAUAAUACGGUUGGAGGAAAGGAAAGGAGCUGUUAGUUUACCGGCAUUUGCGGAGGAUUUUAAGGAAUGGAAAUUCACAUGGUUUCAAGGUCGUUCUUAUAGCCGCAUUGACAGGAUCUUGGUCAGUCUGGAGUGGCUUAAGGAGUUUCCAGAUACUCGUUUGAAAGGAGGCCCUAGAGGCCUAUCUGAUCAUUGCCCGUUGAUAUUAAAAAAUUCUAGACUUUGGGUGGGUCCGAGCCCUUUUCUUACUUUAGACUCCUGGUUUACACAUGAAGGGUUUCUGAAGUUAGUAAAGAAUGAGUGGUGGAACUUGGGAGAUGAUAUGUUCACAAACAAGCUUAAGGCUUUGACAGUACCGCUAAGGAGAUGGCAUAAGGAUAAUUUUGGGGACAUGGACAGCAGAAUUAAGAUAUUUGAGGAUGAGAUUAAGAAGAUUGAUGAUAUGGUUAGUGCUGGUAGUUAUGACGGAACAAUGGAAGCUAGACGGAAGGCUCUGGUGACUUGCUGUGCGAAGUGGUAUGUCAGAAAAGAAAUUCAUUGGAAGCAGAUGUCCCGAUCCCAACAUGCUAGAGAUAUGGAUAAGAAUACUAUGUACUUCCAUAACCUAGCGUCGGCAAGAAGGAGGAACAACAGAAUUGAGUCUCUAGUGAUUAAUGGAAGAUUGGUGCGGAAUCAGGCCCGAAUAAAAACUGCGAUUACGGGUUUUUAUAAAGAACUGUAUAGGCAGGAGUAUGCUCCUGUGAUUGGGAUCUGUGAUGGGCUGGUUAAGCAGAUUAAUGAUGAAGAAGCAGCAGUACUAGAGGAAAUGCCAUCAACUGAGGAAGUACGAGAGGCAGUCUGGGAUUGUGAGUCCAGUAAAGCUCCAGGUAGUGAUGGUUGUAAUAUGAACUUCAUAAAGAAAUGUUGGGGUGAUCUUGGUCAGGAGUUUACUGCAGUUGUGUUGGGUUUUUUCCAGAAUGCGAAGCUACCAACAGAUGCUAAUGUUACUUGGGUGGCACUAGCUCCAAAAUUUGUGGAGGCCAAGGAAAUCAAAGACCAAAGACCGAUUAGUAUAGUUGGCUGUGUUUAUAAGGUAAUAUCCAAAGUUCUGGUAAGAAGAAUGCGGUUAGUGAUGCCACACCUAGUAGGGGAGACUCAGUCUGCGUUUGUAAAGGGCCGCAAAAUACAUGAUGGUGCUCUCAUUGCUUGUGAGACGGUCCAAUGGUUGAAGCUGAGAAAGAAGCAGGCGAUGGAGGACUUGGGUGAAGGAAUGUGUGACUACAGCGUCUAUGUCAGUGUUGAUCAAUGGGUCACCAUCCAAGCCGUUCAAGAUGGAGAGAUGACUCAGACAAGGAGACCCUCUUUCUCCUUUCCUGAAACGGAGACGCUAGUGAAUUAUAAGAGGCUCCUGCGAUGUUUUGAGCUAAUGUCUGGCAUGAGCAUCAAUUUUGAUAAGUCGAGCCUAAUUUCAGUCAACUGUGAGAAGGAUUGGGUGACGAAUAUGUGUGGUUUGUUGGGAUGUGCUGAGGCGGUAUUACCUGUCAGAUACUUAGGAAUUUCUCUUGGCGCUAAUCAUCGGCUGGUGAAGACCUGGAAAUCAAUCAUAGACAAGGUGGAAGACAAGCUGAGCCUAUGA